AUGCUAGGAGGAUCACAGGCUGCCGCCCUGGGGGACGCCCCGGUAGGUGGGGAGAGCCAGGGACGCCUGGUGGUCUCCUUCUGUCGGUCAGAGGACCGAGUUCUGUUGUUGAAGCGAAAGCUUCCCCCUCCGCGGCCGUCCGACUCUUUUGCCUGCUUGUGGAAGACGCGGACGGGUCGCGUGUGUCUGGAUCUGUUGGUUUCUGUUUCGUGUGUCUUUGUCUUGUGCGUCCUUGUCUACAGUUUUAAUAUGGGACAGACGGUGACGACCCCCCUUAGUUUGACUCUCGACCAUUGGACUGAAGUUAAAUCCAGGGCUCAUAAUUUGUCAGUUCAGGUUAAGAAGGGACCUUGGCAGACUUUCUGUGCCUCUGAAUGGCCAACAUUCGAUGUUGGAUGGCCAUCAGAGGGGACCUUUAAUUCUGAAAUUAUUCUGGCUGUUAAAACAAUUAUUUUUCAGACUGGACCCGGCUCUCAUCCUGAUCAGGAGCCCUAUAUUCUUACGUGGCAAAAUUUGACAGAAGAUCCUCCGCCAUGGGUUAAACCAUGGCUAAAUAAACCAAGAAAGCCAGGUCCCCGAAUCCUGGCUCUUGGAGAGAAAAACAAGCACUCGGCCAAAAAGUCGAACCCUCUCCUCGUAUCUACCCUGAGAUCGAGGAGCUGCCGACUUGGCCGGAACCCCAACCUGUUCCCCCACCCCCUUAUCCAGCACAGGGUGCUGCGAGGGGACCCUCUGCCCCUGCUGGAGCUCUGGUGGCGGAGGGACCUGCUGCCGGGACUCGAAGCCGGAGGGGGGCCACCCCGGAGCGGACAGACGAGAUCGUGA